AGUCAAAGAAAAAAAAAUGCGAUUUAUCUUGUUUUUAUAUCAUACACCGAGGAAUAAUAUGUUCUUCACCCUCAGUAUCUUCAGUUCUCAGUGGGGACCAUAAUUCAAAGAUCCUGACCAUUGAUCUAAUGGACCUAACAGUUAUCCCAUGAGACAAUCCCGACCUUUGUUAAUGGCCUGCGAAUGAUCACAUUCGACUGGGAAAAGGCCAUAGAUUGGAUGCAAACCAGGUAUGUGAACAUCCCUGUCCAAAAAUCAGGCUCGUCCGCUCAUCUAAUAGGCCAGACGUUUAUGAAAAGAAGUGGAUAGGGCAGGACAUGCCGACGGUGGGCUCCACAUGAUGGUGGUGCGGAUCUCAGUCAAAUGUGCAACGGUUGACACGUGUGCUAUCUCACCCUUGAGUUUCUCCACCUACCUUACUUUGCACCUAAGAAAUGAAUCGCCACGUAGCUACCUACCACUAAUAAAGCACCACGUGCGUGGAACUUUUUUAAGAUCUACUCCGUCCAUCAAUUACUCUGCAUCAUAUCCACCCUCUAACAAAAAAAUCACGGUGAUUGACAACUCAAGUAGGCCACACCAUAGGAAACGGAUGGGAUGGGAUUGCCACUACUAGUUUCGUAUAGGGCCCACCAUGGUGUUUAUAUUCCAUCCAAUCCAUUCAUCUGAUGUAUCUCAUCGAGAUGAAAUGAUUUCCCAAAAUUCACAUUAUUCUAAGACUCUGGUGUGUCAUAUCACAAGAUUUAGAGGCCGUUGGUUGAUUCUAAACUGGUUAAGUUCUGAAUAAGCCUGAUUUUUUGAAUCAAGGUCAAAACAGGGGUGGCCCACCUGAUAGACGGAUUAGAUUUCAUCCAUGUAUUCCCCAUUUUAGAGAAAGGUACCCCAGGUAGGUGAGUAGACCAGGUAUGAAGUAACUUUCCAAAUAAAAUAAAGCCGCAAGGAACGACUUGGCUCUCAUACACAUUAAAUAAACACAAAUAAAAAAAAGCCAUAAAUAAUAAUUAAAUCAGACCCGUUCAACCAAAACCGUGUUUAAAUUCACCACACAUUCCUAUUCAUCGUCAUCGCCCUCUCCAUCAUCAACCAUCACCUCUAAUCUUUCGUUGUCCCUGAUUGGAACUCUAGGCAGCGAUUCUGCUGAAAAGUGCAGUCUCUUGGCAAUGUAUAGAUCGUCGAUUUUCAAGAAGAGCCGUCGUGGGUACGAGCGGCUGGGCGACGACAGUGCCUCACUACUAUCUGAUCUGAAGAGCCCGAGUGUUGUAAUUGAAGAGAAGGGAAAUGAAGAAGUGGCUGUACGAAUGGCUAGUGUAACAAAGAAUCAUACAUGGAAGAUGACAGAUUCAAAUGUGGUUAAGCUGUCCACAAAGGUAAUAAAGAGUCAUCCAUUGCUCAGUUAUUUUCAUGCGUCCCGCCGGAAGAAGGCGACCACAUUGAAGCCGGAAUUCAUAAGGUAUCUGGAGUAUGUGAAGGAAGGUGGGGUAUGGGAUCCUCAUUCAAAUAGGCCUAUUAUGUAUUUCAAAUGACUUCUUUAGAAUAUUUGCAGUAUUGUCUCUUUUUUGUAAUUAUAUUGAAUUUGAAUGGAGAAUAAAUGGUAACUGGAACGAAGGAAUUGAUAGGACAAAAAUACAUCCUUUUUCUUGUGUCUU